AUGAGUCUGUCGAGUCUAGAACAUAAGCUCACAUACCACGUGAGGAAUUGGUUGCAUGGGUCCGGCUUCGCCUGGAACACGCUGCAUAUGUCGGCGUUCCUCGUGGCGCUGUGCGCGUGCAUUCCGGCGGGGUUUAUUAGCCAGAUCUCGCUAUACUCGGAGCCCUGGAGGGAACACCUGGGGUAUUCAGUAGUGGAGGUGAACGUGCUGUUCAGUGCGGUCAACCUGGGGGGGUACAUCACACCGCCGCUGCUGGGGCUGCUAUCCGAUGCGCAUGGGCCGGUGAUGCUGUCGUGGCUAUCGUUCGUGGGGUUCGUCCCUACCUACGCCUACGCGGCGUGGGUCUUUGCCUCUGGGGAGCCGCAUUUCUACGCAAGCGUGCUAUGUUUCACACUGAUCGGCAUUUCGACAAAUGCGCUCUACUUCAGUGCGCUGUUCACCGCAUCAAAACUGUACCCGGCGAGCAAGUUGUGCUCGAUAAGUCUGCCGGCCACGUUUUACGGGAUGGCGUCUGUGCUAGGGUCGCAGCUGCUGAAGAUACCAUGGUUUCGAAAUGGCCUGCCGUACCUUGACCUUUCUCGUGUAUUCAGGACUCUUGCUGUCGCAUAUACGCUGAUCAGCUUCUGCAUGUGGUUUGCGACGAGCAUCGUCACUAUGCUCAAGGUCAAGGCCGCAACACUGACCUUCGCCGGCAUGCAGAGCCCCACCGAGCCGCUGCUGCCGCAGGACAUCCGCCGCCGGCUGCGCAACUUCUUCCACGACCCAGCGGCGUACUUCAUGGCCCUUGUGUUGCUAUUGUCGCUGGGCCCGAUGGAGAUGUUCCUCACCAACAUGGGCUCGCUGUCGAGCCUGUUGGGCCAGGCGUCGGUGCUGCCAGAAUUUGCGAUUGCCUCGACGUGCUCGCGCUUCCUGUCGGGCUUGAUAAUUGACCUCUGCAUCCACAACGGUGUGUCGACGAUGUCAGUCCAGUGGGCAGUCCUCCUACUGGGCGUGGUGGGCCAGUGGAUCGUUGUCCUGGCCACCAGAGCCUCGGACGGACCGCUGCUAUCGCUCGCCAGCGCGCUCAGCGGCGCAUGCUACGGUGGCCUAUUCACCGUCAGUCCGAUCCUCACGCUGGCCGUUUGGGGGGACGCUGUCUUCGGCACUGCCUAUGGGUCCUUCAUGAUCACGCCGGCAGUGGGCUCUAUCUUGUUCGGGCUAACGUACGCACAUAUAUUCGACGCCAACUGUACUCCGAGCGGCGUUCUUCCGGUUUGCAUCCAGCAUGUCUUCUGGAGCUCCACAAGCGCCCUGGCGAUUGCCCUGCUGUUCUCGGUGCUGAUGUACUUGGUCUUUUGGCGGCGCAAAGUCUAA